CCCGGUGGGUGGGAAGCGCCGCGCUCCCGGCCCUCGCUGCCCCGAGCGGCGGAGGCGGCUGGUCCGCAGUGGGCGCUGCCAGGCGUCGGGCGCGGAGCGCGGCGCGGCGGCCGCUCUCGGGCGGUCAGGCUGGCCAUGGCGAGCGGCGCACGGCGGCCACUGGAGCGACACGGCGGCGGCGGCAUCAGGUUCUUAAUCAAGAACCAACUUUAUGGGCCCAAGUCAGGUUUGUCCCAUGGCCUGCUGUGAACAACGUGCUGUCUGAUACAAGAUCCCACUGGCAAACCAUCUCUGUUGCCUUACAGAGCAAGCAAAGAAGAUGGAUCGAUUGAAGAGCCAUCUGCCUGUGUGCUUUCUACCUUCUGUGCCCUUUUUAAUCCUAGUAUCCACUUUAGCGACUGCAAAGAGUAUGACUAACAGCACUUUAAAUGGCACUGACAUGGUCUUGGGCUUUAUGCCCGUAAUCAUUGCCAGAACUGACCAUAUCAUAGUCAAGGAAGGGAAUAGUGCCUUGAUUAAUUGUAGUGUUAAUGGCAUCCCUGAUCCACAAUUCAAGUGGUAUAAUUCCGUUGGCAAGCUGCUUAAAGAAGAAGAGGAUGAGCAGGAGAGAGAAGGAGGAAAAUGGCAGAUGCACGAGGGCGGCCUCCUGAACAUCACCAAGGUGUCUUUUUCAGACCGAGGGAAAUACACAUGUGUUGCCUCCAAUGCCUAUGGCAUUGUGAACAACACAGUGACCCUGCGUGUCAUCUUCACCUCGGGAGACAUGGGUGUCUACUACAUGGUGGUCUGCCUCGUGGCCUUCACCAUCGUCAUGGUCCUCAACAUCACCCGCCUGUGUAUGAUGAGCAGCCACCUGAAGAAGACGGAGAAGGCCAUCAACGAGUUCUUUAGGACAGAAGGCGCAGAGAAGCUGCAGAAGGCAUUCGAGAUCGCCAAGCGGAUCCCCAUCAUCACCUCAGCCAAAACUCUAGAGCUUGCCAAAGUCACCCAGUUCAAAACCAUGGAGUUUGCCCGCUACAUUGAAGAGCUGGCCAGGAGCGUGCCGCUGCCUCCUCUCAUUAUGAACUGCAGAACCAUCAUGGAGGAAAUCAUGGAGGUGGUCAGGCUGGAGGAGCAGGGGCAGAAUUUUGUGCAGCACAUGCCAGAAGGCCAUGAGGCCAUGGACAGGGAUGAGGUGUACAUGAUCCGAAACUCUCUGAAGCGAAGUGACUCCCCCACCGCUGACUCAGACGCCUCAUCGCUGCAUGAACAGCCACAGCAGAUUGCCAUCAAGGUGUCCGUGCAUCCACAGUCCAAAAAAGAUCACGUGGAUGACCAAGAGGGUGUACAGUUUGAAGAUGUCAAAGAUGAAGAGGACACAGAACUGUCACCUGAACAAUCCCCAGAAACUGUAGAGCCUUCUACAGAUGUAACAUCCACAGAGCUAACGCCUGAAGACCCCACACCUGUUGAGCCCAUGGCUGUUGAGGUAUCAGAUAAAGUCCCGCCACCAGCCCAUCUGGAAACUACAGAGCUGGCAGUGGCACAUGAAAGAAACACCUGCAUUAUUUAUGAAAGCCAUGUCUAAUAUCAACUCUGAAAAGCUAUGCAUAUUAAGAAAAUCAGGGGCUGCUCCUCGUAGUCCAGAUGUAGUACGCACUUGCCGCUAAGCCUUACCAGGAGACUCUCAUCCCUUUGGUAGGAGUGAUGCUAUUGUAGAAGGGGAAACACCUGUGUGCAGUCCUUGUGACUGGACCUUCCCCAGGAGAAAAGGAUGCAGGAAACAUCAGGGUGCAGAAUUGAUGCUAUUGUCCAAGUGAAACAAGUUUUAGAGACAAUUCUCUGCCAAAUACCUUCAUUGGUGAUGCCCUUUUGGCAAAGAGUACACUACUGUAAGAUAAAUUCUGAGUUCAAGAGCCCUGUCCAAUGCACACUGCAUUGCUUUUCUUUUUAAAAAAAAUUAUAGGUCUGCUACAAUAGCAAAUGCACGUAUAUGGGUUUGUUGCACUUUCUUCUCAGUCCUUGUUCCUUUCGCUGUUCCUUGAAAUGGAGUAGUUAUUAUAUUAAUACUAAUUGCUCUUUCUGAUUUAGUCUUCUAUGUCCUUAAUUUUCCCUAGAACAUUUACCUCAGAGGCUUUGUUAUCAGUCACCAGUACCAGGGCUGAUAUCUAAAAGUCAUUUAUAAUGUUCCAGAGUAGUCACUAGACUCCUUGUUUUUGUUAUUCCCAAGGCCUAUUUUCAUACCUUGAUUUUUACUGGUUUCCAAAAAAGCUGCUGUAAGUAAAACUGAGAAAAACUUUGCCCAAGAACAGCACUUUAAUAGCCAAACGAAAACAUGUUUACCUGUCCAAUUCUGAGAACCUUUGUGUGAGUUCAACUGAAGUAUGGUGGUGAUGGUAGAUUAUAAAAGGUUGAGUAUACCCAUAAUAACCAUGAAAACUGCUGUUUUUACAUUUAAGUAACAUCAUCCUCAAAAAAACCCUGAUCUUUACCAGGAAAUUUUAUUGCUUCAUAAGUCAGAGGCAUUUGAAUCCCGGUAGGUUGUAGAAUAUUGGCUACCCAAGGAGUUGGAGGGAAGGAUAAUAAAGAGCUAAUAUGCUAAUUAGACGUGAGCAGAAUGACCAUCUGAAUGACCUUCCAGAUGAAGCCGGGGCCACGAUAGCUGAGCUCCUUGCAUGAAUUUUGUGCAUGGGGCCUCUACUAUUAUAAUAAAAGUAUAGGAAACUACCAUCAAAUUUCAUGCCAAAAGUAUUAAAUUAAUUUUUAAUCUCACAAGAAAGUUUAUGUAAGGUAGAAUGAUGUCAUAGACAAAAGACAAAACUAGUCAUCCAAAGGCCAACACCUUACCUGACAGUGCCAAUAACCAGCUGCCUGGCUUUGGGCAAGUCUGGGUUUCAGUCUCAUUAUCUGUCAGAGGCAGAAGACUUGGUGAGAUCUGAGCACCAUUUAAAUAGUCUCAUUCUCGCACAGAACCAAACCAAUAUGAUUGUCCUUGUUCUUUUUCACAGUUACUUUAAAGAUUUUCAUUUGUAUCUCUAAUGUUGUUUAUGCUGCAUUACUUACCCAAUGAGUAAGUAUGAUUUUAAAAAAUCAUAGCAUUUUAAGUAAAUUGUGGAUCUUCUCCCUUCCUUCCCCUCCAAAUUAUCAUUUGACCACUUCUACAAUUUAGAUUUAAUCAUGAUGAGAACAAGUGGUAUUAUUUCAUUUUCACUUAGGAGGAGGGAGACACUAACCUUAAAGCAGUUAUAAGGAUCAUGACAUUGGAAGUUAGUUACAUGGACCACAUUGGUGAUGAGAGAGCAGAUGAAGAUGUCUAGUCCUUAAUCUGUCACUCUCUAGAUAAGUGACCUUGGACAGUUUCCUUCUCCAUUCUGGUGUUUAAUCUUUUUUACUUGCAAAGUUUAGGGAUUGUUGUACUCGUUGAUAACCAAAUCCGUUCUAGCUCAGACAUUUAAAGUUUUAUGGAAAAUUUGUAAUCUCUCAUGGUGGCCCCCAUAGCAUGAAACAUGCAAUAUUAGGAACAAAAAUGGGUACAUGAGGUUGGAUGUUUUUGCUGUCCAAACUUUACAGCAAAUGUCUCUAGCUCUGUGGCUGAGGGCAGUGGGUAUGGCCUUAUAAAUGGUUUUGACGGUUUUUUGUUUUUUUUACUCCUGAUAUCGAAGGUAAACUCACUAGAUGUGGAGUUUGAUCAGACAUCUCUUGGUCAAGAAUGAACUCUUGGCAACUUGGGUGGUCACAUAAAGAAAUUAGUAGUGAGCAACAAGAGAAACCAUGCUUCCUGAUGGGCUCCCCUGACUGGGAUUUUAUGUAUUUGGGGGCAGAAAAGUUUUAUCUCCAACUCUCAGAAUAUAGUAAAUAUUUUUCACUUGUUUAGAGGUCAACAAACUCUUACCAGGGACCUGUAUGUCCAAAACAAUAGAGACUUAAGCUCACUUUGGGGUAUUGUGAUAACUGUUUCUCAAUGUAUUUUGUUUUCAUUCCACCCAAACCCAUGUGCAUAUUUCCACAUAAAUUACAGGAGAAGGCAUCUAGUAGUUUGUCUAGACAUUGAUUCAGGGUAAAACGUUUAAAAUGGGCAAAUUUUUUAUGAAGUAAGAGCAGAAAUAUGUGACCAAAGAAUGUUUCCAUUUUGUUUUUAGCUUCUUUAGGCUGAGAUUAUAUCAAAAUGUUCUCCUUCUUUAAAGCAUCAAAAAGCUCUUGAUAUAAUAAUAGCCAAUCUAAAGGGAAAUUGGCUUACAACAGAGAUUUCUCCUCCCAGAAAUUCUACACUCUUCCUAUCCAUCCUAUUGCUUCCUACAAAGGGAGAAAGGUUCUCCUGCUAGAAUAUGAAAUGUAGAUGACCUUGUGACUUUCAGCUGAUUUUCAAAGAUCAAUAAGAAUCAUAGAUACACACACAUACACACACACACAACACACGUUAGACUCAUUUGGGCAGUUUUAGAAGCUUAACACCAAAUCCCAAGCCAUGUUCCUUGGGUUAUAUGUAGUCAUUCUCAAAAUCAAACAAUUUUGGGUUUAUGAGUCAUCUGGUUAUAUUCUAGCAAUUUUUUUCUUGAAAUUCUGAAAAUAAUUCAGAUAUGUAUGCAUAGUUCAUUCACGUAGGUGUCUGCAAACUUGGAUGGUAUUUAUUGUAAAUGAAACAACAUUUAUACUGAAAAAUAUGUAAUUUAUAGUGGUUUUGUUUAAUAUAUUAUAUUUUCAUAUCGUUAGGGCACAUCUACUCUUCUCAUCUUUUUGUAUAUCAUACUUAAUAAAAAGAAAUACUAAUACUUGACUGACUGAAAUCUCUAGGAACUAAAUGUGAUGCCUAAUCUAUAGAAAUCACUCUGAAAAAUCUGUGAAUGUUCUCACCCAUACCAAGCAUUAUUGUGUCAUCAUUACAUCAAGAAUGAUCUUCUCAGAUGUUUAUAAGCAUUCCUCUUUUUCAAAACUAUGGAUUCUGGAAUCCCCUUUCUUUCUUUUUCUUUUUUGUUGUUUGCUGCAUUUUUAAUUGUGUAUGCUGUUUAAGCUUCCCUUUAAAGGGCAAGUGUGAGAUAAGAAAACAACUUAAUGGAAAGACAGAAUUUAACUAUGGCUCUGUAGAUUAUUUAAUGGGCUAAUAACCUGUUUUAAGUCUAAUGCUUGGGUUGUUAUUUAUUAGUGAUCUAAGAUCUGCUCACUUCUUUAGAACAUAAAGAAAAUGUGAGGCACAAUGAAUAUUUGCAUGUUUUGUACAGGCACACUCUCAAUGUGAUGCAGCCAACACAAAUCAAGUUCACUAUAGAAAUACCAAUCCCAACCAUGGGAGGAACCAUUUUACAAUGGCAAAUCUGGCAUCUUUUAUUUGCAAAUGGAAAUAUUGUGCCAGUGUUGAAACUCUGAAAUGGUUCUGUUAAAGGGAGGACUUCCUCUCAGUGUUUCAUUUGGUAAGAAAAUGGAGCGUUUAACUCUUCUUUCAGAUGCUCUAUUUUAUAUUCAGCACAGUUCAACUACUGACCUGUACCUAUCUUCCCAUAUCCUUUUAGCAAUCCCUUAAGAUUAUUAUUCCUGUUUCUACUAGAUUUUUAAACUAAUUUAUUGUACUCUUUAAAUACCUACCAGAUCUCAUUGUAUAUUCCCACACAUAUUUUGAACACCUGAUAUCUUUAAGAUAAAAAUAUUCAUUUUUAUAUUUACCUAUUCAUUUAAAAGCUCUUCAGUAGAUGACAACAUUCAUUUUCCUAAUGCCUUUCGUGGGGCUUCUACAACGAUUAAUCUGGUUUGGAUGAAAUAUAUCAGUGUGGGGGGGGCAGAAUCAGGUAAAAUAGAAUUGCUUAUGUUUUCCAAAGGACUAAGAGUUAUAUAAGAAAGUAUCAUAUGAGAUUGGCAAUGAUCUUUAUAAUUGAUUCUAUAGAGAUAAAAUUUUAAGGAAGCUAAUACUUAGACUUCCACAAUCAAAAUUAAAGCUUUAGAGAAUGUAAAACUAUAAAACAAUUAGCUCUAAGAAUAUCUUGGCAUGAAUUGUUUUUUAUUUAACCUGUAACAAUAGCCUUCAAAUGUAUCUCUCUGACACCAUAGAGCUGCCUACAGUGAAUUAGGGUCCAAGAAGAUGCUUGAAUUUCUGUUUGGUUUGCUAUAUAUCUACUUCUGCAUAUCCUGUAUUAAAAUUGGAAAGUAAAAAAUUUUACCUGGGGAAAAUGUCAAACUGGCGAUUUUGUGAACUAUAAAUGUUCAACCUUUUUAAAAGUAAUUUAAAUAUGGAAACAAAUGACUGAUAUUUAAGUUGAUGUUAUAGUAGGAAAAAAAUGUGAUUCAUCCUGUAUUUUGAUUGUUGCUUUAAUAAAAGGUUUGCACAAGUGU